AUGCUAGAUCUGAAGUCAUCUGAACAGAAGAAUUCAGUCCAUACGUACCGGCCUAUGCCGCUCUAUCCUAGGCGCCCAUCAGCCUCAUCAAGCCUACUCCAAGCCCUUUUGCUGGAGGAGUCGUCGGGUGCUAUGCUCUCGACAACCCAGCGACCGCCAUCUGACCCAUCCUCAGUUUCUACUGAAGGUCUAUUGCUACUAGCAUUACAGGAAAGAAUUAACAGCCAAAAUCGGUCUUUGAAUAAUAUAACAGCACCUGCAAAUGGCAAUAAUGGCGAUAUCAAUCGCUUUUGGCAAUCUUUGAUGAUGGGUCUUCCCCCUAUUGUUCCAGGAAUAAAUAACCCCCUCGAUCUCAAUUUCAUGCAGGGAACUCCAGUUUCACACCCUUUAUGGCAACACAACCUAUGUGCGUGGCCUAGUUGUAAUCAACCAUGUGAGAAUAUUACAGUUUUUCUAGCACAUCUAGCUCAAACGCAUACGUCUGACGACAGAGCAACUGCAGAUAUGCGAUCACAGGUGGAGCUUGUAGACACUUUAGAACACCGUCUUACUAAAGAACGAAAUAAGCUACAAGCCAUGAUGCAACAUUUACAUAUGAAACAUUCUCCUGACACAACAACUCCAUCUGUUGGAAAAGUUGAGACAUCAUCGCCAUCACCCUUGCGAGCACCUAAACAGGAGCCUGCUGUUACAUCUGCUCCAGCUACUCCAAAUACUCACCCAAUUCAGAUUACUUCAACAUUACCGUUGAUGCUCGGAGAUCAAUCUUCCACAACUCCAGCUACCUCAGAAGCAUCUCCCAAUCCAGACUUAAAGCCUUUUGUACCUCGUCGUAGUCGAAUUUCUGAUAAAACUGUCUUACCCAUCUCAGCUGACAUUGCUCGAAAUAGAGAAUUUUAUCGGACGAACGAUGUUCGACCACCUUACACAUAUGCCAGCCUUAUCCGUCAGGCAAUUAUGGAAUCUCCAGAAUGUCAAUUAACUCUCAAUGAAAUAUAUACUUGGUUCACGGACACCUUUGCAUACUUCCGUCGAAAUGCGGCAACCUGGAAGAAUGCCGUUCGACACAAUCUUUCACUCCACAAGUGUUUCCAACGAGUUGAACAAAAUGUCAAAGGAGCUGUUUGGACAGUCGAUGAUAGCGAAUUUUAUCGACGAAGACCUCAGAGAAGUGCUGCAACUAGAAGUCAGCCUAAUACGCCAUUACCUGACGAGUUAAUGGCUCAACGGUUGAUUGACCAAACGACUAUGUCGUUAAUCGAAAGUCGCGAUGGCAGUCAUCUUAGUGACGGAUUGACUCUCGGCGGUGGUUUCGAAGGUGUUUUGUCGUUUUUAGCAAGUACUGGUUUUGAAUCUAAUCCGUUAUGUGUUUUAUCUGCAGCUGCCGCAGUGUCUGAGCACUCCUCUAAUGCCCCGUCUCCCAUCAGUAACAAUGUGAAAGAACAGGAUGAGAAUUUGGAAGACGACGAGAUAAUUCUACAAAAAGAAGAACAGACACCUCCAAAUGAAGAGCGAUUGAUAGUUGAUGAACAAACAGCUGUUUCGACCAGCUGCUAA